UUCCGGUUCUUGAGGCAGGGACCGGAAGUGGCCAAGUGGCAGCUGAUGUUUUGAGUCUUUUCCGGUUGGCGGUGCGAUCGUGAAAACAUCAAGAGCGGCUCCGAGAGAGACCCGGGAGGAGGUGAAACAAUCAGCUAUGGCAACAACCGAUCUGUUGGUGGAUUUACAGGAUGAUUUGGUGUCAGAUGAUACUUCCAAUGCACUUGGACAACUAAAACUCUCUCCAUUGGAUGCAAAAACCUGGCCUACAGAAUGUGAUGGUGACUUAAAGUCAGGUAAAGAAGAGUAUUCACCUGAAAUUGUUGAUCCUCCCCCUAAUUUGAAGUGGGAUGAUCCAUACUAUGACAUUGCAAGACGCCAAAUUGUGGAGGUGGCAGGGGAUGAUAACUUUGGCAGGAAGGUGAUAGUGUUCAGCGCCUGUCGGAUGCCUCCCAGUCACCAGUUGGACCACACCCAACUGCUUAAAUACCUGAAGCACACGCUGGACAAGUACGUGGAGAGCGACUAUUCUGUCGUGUACUUUCACUAUGGACUCAACAGUCAAAAUAAACCUUCAUUUGCUUGGUUACUGGAAGCUUACAAGGAGUUUGACAGGAAGUACAAGAAGAACAUAAAGGCUCUGUACAUUGUCCACCCUACCAGGCUCAUCAAGGCCUUCCUUGUUGUCUUCAAACCCAUAAUCAGCAUGAAGUUUGGCCGGAAGAUCUUAUAUGUGAAUCAUCUGGGUGAACUUGAACAGUACCUGAAGUGUGAGCGAAUGGUGAUCCCAUUGUGUGUGAAAAGGUUUGAUGAGCGUAUCCAGGCAGCACAGAAACCCAUGCCACCAGAACCUAAAAAGCAGUUGCCUCAUCAACAGUUUGGAAUCUCACUUCCAGAGCUCAGAGAAAAGGACCAUGAUCAUAAGGCCAUCCCACUAGUAAUGGAACAGACAGCUGCCUACAUCAAAAAACAUGGUCUGAACAAGGAAGGGAUAUUCCGCAGGUCGGCUAAUAUGUACCUUGUAAAGGAAGUACUGGAAAAGUACAAUAAUGGCGUUCCUGUGGAUUUUGAAACCUACAAUGAUGUUCACCUGGCAGCUGUAAUGCUAAAGACUUUUCUCCGUGAAUUGCCUGAGCCUCUGUUGACUUACAGCCUGUAUAAUCAAGUGGUCUUGUUUGGAAAAGUGGCAGAAAGCAAACAGAUAGAAACCAUUGCUGAGAUGAUUCGGUCACUGCCUCAGGAUAACUUUACCGUGCUGCAUUAUUUGGUGGAGUUACUGGGAACAAUUGCUGACAACAGUGACCUGAAUAAAAUGACAACGUCCAAUUUGGCUCUGGUGUUUGGACCUGCUCUCUUAUGGGCAAAGGAUGCUGCAAUUUCACUUAGUGCCAUCAACCCUAUUAAUCAUUUCACCCAAUUACUCUUUGAAAAUUAUACUGAAAUCUUUUCAGCCAAAUAGGAUAAAGCAUUAAUGUCUUAAACCACUGCUGGAGUCAAAUCAGGUUGCUCUACUCUUUCUAAAUGUUCAUGGCAAUGUAUCUCGUGUGGCAGCACACAGGAGAGAUGUUAUCAAAUUAUAGGGUGCACCUUUUAGUUAGGGAUGGGGUUUGCACUGCUUGGUGGGUGUGGAGUUUAUGGCUCCAUAUGAGACACAGACAUUAGGGAUGGGGUUUAAAUCAUUGAGUCGGGGGGCUGGAUUCCGUGGCUCUUUUUGUUAAUUUGUAGACUUGAUAAUCAUUGUGUUGGGAAUGCAGAUGGAUAGCUUUUUUUUUGUAUUGAACUCUUGUAGUUUAAAUUCUGAAUAUUUCUUUUCCUAUUCUAUCCUGGCACUCUCAGCACACUGAGAUAGAUCAAUAAAUCAAUUUUAAAAAUGAUAAUUUUGGUAAAUAGUGCAACAUUUACCGAGAAUUUCUAUUGCUGGGCUAUUUCUAUGUUGGUUACACCUGAAACUGAAUUUUGUGGAUAAAGUUUUUACUCCACACCCAAACCCUGCUUUUAUGUGUGUGUUUAUAUAUAAAAAAAACACACAUUGUUAUUGUGCCAGUGUUAUACAUUUUUGAUUGCCUUGUGUGAAAAUUGAUUUUUUGCAAAGUUAUUCAGUUUCAUGAUGCUAUGUGCCAGUUUUGUUAACUGUGCUGCAUACAGUUUUCAUAAUUAAAAUUGCUGUACCUUUUUUACACAUCCCGUGCAGGUCCACGCGAGCUGAGGGUACAUUUCAUUCAUGUAACUGGUCUGGAGAUAUCGUAAAUUCGUUCUGAUGUGCAAUGUGCUCCUUAUAGGAUGUCAAAAAUGGUGUUUUCUUGAUCAGCUUUGAAAGCUUUGAUGUUUAAGAAUAUUAAGUUGCAAUCUAAAUUGCAUCACUUAAAUUUUUUUUUAAAAUCAGUGCUUUGUUUAAAGAGGGAACUUUUCCCCUCAAGUGUCAAUGACAUCAUUAUGGGAACUGACUUCAUCAGAGAAAGAGUAGCUGAGGCUAGAAGCUUGAAGUUGAGCUGACAUCUAUGGAGAUGCUGUCAUUACCUUGGGAUAUUUCAGGAUGUCAUCCUCUUUUAACUAACACAAUUCUGACAAUAGAUGUUGCUGAAUUGAGAGUUUUGUACUGUAGGGAAGUACAGUAUGCUCAAACUGGUACUCCAUUAUUAACUUUUUCUUCUAGCUGGCAUUCCACAAUCAAAUAGGGAGUUCCACAUAAUUCAUUUUGUCAAAGGGAGGGAACCUGGUUCUGCUUUUACCUGGAGAUUUGGUGGUAACUGACUGUGAAUCUCCAUAAUUUGGAUUAGUUAUACUGGAGCUUGUAACAGCAAUAUUGCUGUGUGUUAUUGAUGGCAUGUCAAACUGCCAGUAGUAUCUAAAUUCUUAUGGUAAUGGCCUCAGCAUUCACUGUUUAAAAAUAGAAAAACAAAGAUAUUAAAUGAGUCAUUAAGUGAGCUUGCAUUUUUACAUGGAGUGGGUUUUUACAGUGCCUCAUUUCUGGCUGUUUAAUGUAGCACGUGGUACAAAGUAUGCAACCCAACAUUUUGAUAAGAAAGUCCGUCUCAAAUCUAUUCUCAAUUUGCUGCUACUAAAAUCAUUUAAUUAUAGCAUUAAGUUAAAACAAGGGUGUGGCAGAUAGCACUUAGCCUCUUCUGUUUGCUGUACAGCAUAUUAAUUACUUUGCAAUAAUUCAUCACAAUUUUUAGGAUGUUUUCGGGAAGAGAGAAGUACUAUUUACCAUAGUUCACAACUUGAGAGGUCUAGACUUCAGAAGCAUUUUAAUGGGGCAGCAUAAGGAGAGAAUUGAAAUGGGCAAAUUUUAAUUUCCCUGAAUAACUUUGUUCCCAUUGCCUUUUAAAGGAAACCACAAGACCUAAUAUGUCCAUUUGAAAUUCCCCAAUAGCAACGAAUUUAAUCCUUUUGUCUGAGAUGGGGUUGGGUGGGGCAGGGGGUGUCAAGUUUUGUUUUGUCAGUGUGUUUGGAUUAACUGAUGCCAUUAACAGGGAAUUUUGAUGAUUUGCCUCCAUUUCCUUUUCUUUCCUGGAGGGAGUAGCUCUUGGGCAAGGUGCAUAUGGCCAUGGAUCCCAGGUUUUUCAUGGCAGCUUAGACAAUGAAUUGUGGCAGGCUAUUAGACUUAGGUGGGCAUCACAGCUGAGACCACACAAUCCUCACCAGAUAUCCAUACAUGUUUUCGAGCAGCAUUUGUUGGAUCAUGGUUAGGAGUGAGAAUCCUGCCUGUUUUUUAUUUCUCUUCACUGUUGCCUCCCUAACAAACCCAGGAGCACUAAAGCUAACUAUAACAUCCCUACCAUAGCUGUCCAUUUGAGAUCAUCUAACUCUGCAUUGUUUAGGGAUUGAAUGUGGGAUGGUCCUAAUCUGUAUGUCUCAGUACUCCUCCUGUAGCUGCAUUUACUCAUUCAAUGAUAAAGGAACCAGGAUUUGCCAUUUUCCUGCAUUUCCUGUAUUGUGUAAACUGUCCAUAUUUAGACAACGUUCUCCUGUUUUGUUGAGAUGUUCCUGCAAGACAAGGGUCGAGGACUUGAUUGAUUUUUUUCAGAGCAUUGUCAAAGUAUUUGAAUACCAUAAUUUCACCUACCCAGUUUUUCUCCAUGAUUAAAGAGAACAUUAAGUUUACUUGCCCCCACCCCCUCACCUUUACAAAAUGCCCAAUUGUGCUGUACAGCAGGAGUUUUCCACGGUAGAAGUGAAGAUCUCACUGUCUGCAGGACUGAUGGGGGUAGAUAGUAAAAGUGAACUGUUGCAGAAAUAAACAUUCUUUUAGGAACUUGUGGUUAGUAGGAAAAAUUUCCUCUUCCUCAAUCCAGGCUGCCACUUGUUGUUUAAAAAUUCCCCAAAAAGUCUAUUCUUAACCACUGUCACCUGAAAUUAGAUAAAGGUGAUAAUCAGAUCAUCUGUUUGAAAACUCCACCUUUGAACUUCUGUGCAUGCAAUAAUUUUAUUUGGAUUAAGUUCCAACUAAUCAGCUCUCAAUAUUCCCAAAUUGACAGGAAGAUACAGAAUAAAGCCUGAAAUAUUUUAA